AUGCGAACUCGAUCAAGCUCAUCUACAGAGGCCUUGGUCGAAUUAGACAUCAACAUAGACAGAAAACAGAGAAAGAAGAGCCAGAGGCAACAAGUUGAGUCAGAGGUGGUUGUUACUGAUACAAUGAAUGAUCCUGAGGGUAAUGGAAACCCUUUGGGUAAUGGAAAUGGUCGAGCUAGGCAGACGAGACCGAUUGGGCUUGGAGAUGCACCAAACCGCCACCAACAAAGACAAGGGAUUGUCCCUCCUCCUGUCCAGAGCCACAACUUCGAGAUCAAGCUGGGUAUGAUCAAUCUGGUGCAGAACAAGAUGUUCCAUGGGUUGUCUUGUGAAGACCCAAUUGACCAUCUUGAUGAGUUUGAUAGGUUGUGUGAUCUGACCAAGUCAAUGGUGUCUCUGAAGAUGUCAUCAAGCUGA